AUGCAUCCCUCUUUCGAACCAUUUAUUCUCUCCCCCCUCGACCAUGUCAUCUCCAAAAUCGUCCUCAAAUCCUAUCUUUCCUUCCACUGCAAUGAUCCCUCCCAGGCAGCUGCUGUUCUCCAAGCAGGCAUAGCUGACCUCGUCUCGCAUCUUCCCUUCGUCGCAGGAUGCAUGUCCAGCACAACGCUGCCGAACGGGAAACAGAAUGCCACCCUCGUCUCCCCUCCCACCGCUGCUUUUCUCGAACACGUCCCGAUGGUGGUGGUGAAGCAUCACAAUCAAUGCUUGACUCCAGACAACGCGACGCCGGACUGUCCCCUGGUGGAUUAUGAAGCCAUGAAUGGUGAUACAACAUUCUUCCGUGCGGUAGACCCUCCUGCUGUGAAUAUCAUGGUCCGAUGGCAGAUUAAUGUUCUGAAAGAUGGAAUCAUCCUGGGCAGUUCUUUUCAUCACCAGUUUGUCGAUGGCAAAGCACUCGUCCAGUUGCACGAGACAUUGGGGGCUUUUUGUCGUCGUGCUUCUGGAGAGAAGAAUGUAAUCAUCAGUACUGGUGUUCGUAUUCAAGAAGCAGCCAGAAGGCAGAUUGAGCAGAAUACAACCUCAUCGAAUGUCGAUCUCGACGGUGCUUACGCCUCCAGACCCAUGAUGCCUCUGCCACGAGAGCUGCUAGCAAACGCCGUCAGCGAGAAGCUGUAUUUCUCAUCGUCCAAGGUCAAAGAACUCAAGAACCGCUUCAAUUCUCUGCUCUCGCGGGAUCCGACCAAGGCAAAACUGUCGAGCAACGACGUCGUCACGGCUCUGAUCUGGCUAUGCGCUUGUCGAGCGCGUCUUCAAGCUCUUCCCGCCGAGCAGCGUCAACAAGCAGCAUCCAAUGGAUCAGUGAUCAUGACUGUCGCGGAUGUCCGGUCCAUGAUGAGUCCCCCUCUGCCGGAUACUUACAUCGCCAACGCCAUCGCCAUGACGACCUGUUCUCACAGCCUCAACCUUGCCCAAAAGGGAAACCUCGACGCCCACCAGCAAGACCUCUCGGAUCUCUUCCAAAUCGCCCUCCAAGUACAAAAGGGCCUCCGGAAAAUCACUCCUGACUAUGUUCGCGGUCUGAUCACCCAGCAGCUCAACUCAGAUAACUGGGGCUCGUUUCGGUUUCGAUAUGCCGAGUUGAUGGUGAGCAAUAUGCGUUACAUGCCUUUUGUCGGAAUCGAUUUUGGGUCUGUCCUGGGUAAGUCCAAGGUCUACGAUAUGCCCAAGAAUCCGUUCGAUGGCAUCUGCUGGGUGUUGCCGGCUCCAUGCGAUGCCAGGGGGUUGUCGAUGACUGAGGAGCCGUGGAGGAUCAGAUUGACACUGCAGAGAGAGGCGAUGAAGGAGUUGCUGCAGGACAGACUAUACCAGUGGAUAUCAACGGAGAAGCCGAUUCAGGCGAAGCUAUAAUUACCUAUUUUAUCAUUCUCUGUUUGUUCAGUCCGUUCGGGGUAUGACCAGCGAUGAUGUAUAUAGGAGCCUUCCAAUCCCAAAAGGGAAGCGCGAUGUAUUACAGGCAACUGUAACUGUGCCUCUGUUUAUACAAUGAUGACCUCGUCUCUGCCUGCUUUUACGGCAGGUAUAAAUGCCCUCCCAUUUGGCAGCUGCUUUCUGUUUCUUUUCCCCCCCUCCAU